CUCGUUCACCAUCACCAGUAAGACCAGGACGUUAUACACGUGCUGGCAGUGAGCCCUAUGUACCACCACCAACUUACUGGAAUCGUGAUAGUAGCUUACCACGCGCAUCACGUGGACCAUCUGUUUUCGAUCGUGCUACCAGCUUGGCACCAUUCACUAGGCCAUUGUUCCGCGCCAGCUCUUUGGAACCAUUGGAUGAACUCUAUGCUAGUAAGUCAGAUGAAAAACCAAGUGAACCGCCAAGAACUUUUGAGCGUGCCGGCUCACCAAGUCCCACUCCCGUUAAGGCAGGCCGUUGGGGACCACGUCCCACAGAGGUCGCAUAUGAUGCUGAUGGACUUCCAAUCUUCCACCCAAGAAACCGCUUCAGGGACAUGCUCAACCCAAAUCCAUAUACACCAAUUUCUGCCUUCACACGUGACCCAUUCUGGUGGGAUGUUGAAGACUUGAUUCCCUUCCGUUCAUUAUCUGUACCAAGAGGUUCCAGUCCAAUUGCCAGGGAUUCCUUCUUAUCGCCGGUGAAGAAUCGUUAUUUGUGGUCUAAGCAUCCAGCUAGACCAUUGACACCUGAACCAGGAGCACUACUGUAAACUCAUAUGUUAUCGUAUCCAAACAAUAUAAAAAAAGUUAACAACUACAACGUGGCUGUUUUUCAUUUAAUAAUAAUAAUAAGUUUUUAAUUUUAUUUUUACGAAACAAUUAAAUUUAUUUUACAACUGCAAUGAAAUCGUAUCAUAUGCGUAACAACAAAUAUUGCACACCGCUCAAUUUUGUAAAUUUAUUUGUUUAAACAAAUAAAAACGACCGAAAACGACGAUUAUCUUGACAACUCUCUCAAAUACAACGAAAAAAACGAGGCCUAAACGAUUUAUCAACUGGAUGUGUAUGUAAAUAUUAGCAGAUAACUAUCCUCUAUAAGAAGAAAUUUUUUUCAAUACUAC